AUGGGGGCCAACUUUCCCUCGUGGUACCUGUUAUAGAGCUUCCUGCCGGUGGCGGUGAUGUCCUACGGGCGCCGUGGAGAUCAGAGCCGUGGAGCAGGUGUCAGGAUGCUGGGCUGGGUCCAGAGGGUGCUGCCUCAGCCCCCAGGGACGCCUCAGAAGACCAAGAUGGAGGAAGAAGAGGAGGCAGAACCCCAGGCGGAGCUGGAACCAGAGGUAGAACCAGAGUCGGAAACUGAAACAGCUCCCGAGGAGACAGAGCUGGAGGACGAGCCCCUGCCAGUUGAAGAGCCCUUAGAGGGGGAGGAAGCACCUGCGACUGACUCAGACCUUCAUGAGACCCAGAAGGCUGUCCUCAUUCUACCCACAUCCCUCCAGGCCCUGGUUUCUGAAGUGAACAGUGGCUGGGUGCUGACCUGGCUCAGGAAGGGCAUGGAGAAGGUGGUGCCACAGCCUGUCCCCGGUGGCAGCGCAGCCCAGAAUGCCACUGCAGGCGUGGAGGACCCAGCUCAGCAGGCUGGAGCACAUGUCCUUGGGCACUGCAGCACUGGGGACAUGGGGUGUGCAGACGGGCUCCAUGAGGCCACCAUGGCCCAGAACGGAGGGCCUGGACCAUGGCUGCUCAGGUGGCUUGAGCACAAUUUGGAGAAAGGACUGCCUCAGCCCCCAAAAACCUCUGAGGGCUGCAGAGAUGAGCUUGCAACUACUGACCUGGGCCCAGAGCCUCCAGAACCACCCCUAGAGAUAGAGCCCAUGCCGCAGGCCCAGGAGAAUCCCUCCCCGCCCACUCCCGGUCCCCUGCAGCCGGAGGAGGAGCCAGCUCCAGAGCCCCAGCCCAGCUGCCAGCCCUCCUCCCAGGUGCUACCCAGCGACCCUGCCAGGUUGGUAGCGUGGGUCCUGCACAGGCUGGAGAUGGUGUUGCCACAACCGGUACUCCAUGGGAAGGCUUCAGGGCAGGAGGCUGACUCCCCUGAGGCCUGUGGCCUGCAGACCAGGAUGGUGACAGCAGGAGGCCUCUGAAACAAGGGAGAAGGGAAUCUGGGAGAGGCGCAGAUGGACAGAUGGACGGAUGAAUGGAUGGAAGGAAAGAAGGAUGUCCUGAAGAGAAGAACUUCGGGUGGGGGGAGGGAGGUGGUGGCCAUUGAGCCCCCACCAUCUUUGAACAAUGAACACCUACCCCUCCCACAACCCCAGGCAGGGCGAGGGAGCCAGAGCACUCACUGCAGCCCCAGAGCGUCCUCUCAGGGUGCCUGGCGGGAGGUGCAGGGGGUUUGAGGACCUAGGUCAGCAAGGGAAGGUCAACCACAGGCAGCCUGCGAGAUUUAGGCUGGCCAGGGGAAGGACUUCCCACCAGAAGGCUGGGCAACGCCAUGGGAGGACUCGAUACUGGGCACCUCACUGAGAGGUACCCAGCCCUCAGCAUGUGCCCACACAGCCAGAGCCCCUGCAGACAUGAUGUUUCCACGAGAGGUUCCCCUCAGGCCUGGCCAGUUCUCUCCCUUGAAGGGCGGGAGGACAAUGACAAACAUUUAAUAGCAUUAAAAAACCAAAA